UUACCUUUUACCUUUUAUUAUAACCAUUUCAAACUAUUUACAGAACAAUCAGGUGUUCUGCAUUAAAUAAGAUGCCACACAAAUUAUUUGUGCCACUCCAAAAAUUAAUUUCUGUCCACUAAAGGAGAACAUCACAGCCUGAUACCUGCAGGUCUGACAACAGGUGGUGUAUCACUCCUCCUGUUUUCUACCUGGAGACACCGUUUACACUGUAAUCUGCCUUUGAUGGCUUUUUGGCAGCACCUGUAACAUUCAGCAAUUGCCUUAUUGUUCUGACACACAACACAAAACUAUCCACUACAGUGAACACGAACUACACAAGACAACACACUAACUACACACUCCAAGCACACUAAACGUCACAAAUCUCUCACAUCUCAAAACUCUCUCUCUCUCUCUCUCUCUCUCUCUCUCCCUCUCUCGCAGCCACUCCUAAAACUUCCCCACCAAAUAUAAUUUUUUGAUUGGUUGAUAUUGCACAUUUUUCCACCAACACGAAAGGGGUGUUUUUUUUUUUUUUCCUUUUUUAUUUUUUGGUCAUAAACAGAGAGUGCUUGCUAGUGCUGUCCUUAGACAGUAAACGUGACGUGAGGAAAAAACACGCGUAUAUAUUGUUUAUCAUGACUCUGGUUUUACGUGGCCUAUCAGCACAAUUUAAAAACUGGUAUAUAUCACCUUGCUUGGUCAUCUUGAAGUGGUCAUGUGAUUGAUUUACCACGACUACUUUAUUCUUCCAAAGUGAAUAUGAAUAUUAUUCUGCACAAUGUUUAAAUUGUUUGUGAUGAGUCACAGUAUGAAGCUCAACAACCAAAAAGUUUGUAAAUUCUGUUUGCUAACAUGUUUUCAACUUUCAUCUUUAUUUCUUUUUUUUGCUUUUUUUUUUUGCUUUCUCAGCAGUCGUGGAAUAUAAGUGUCUUCUAUCCAGAAAUGACACUCAAUCGCAGGUCAUGCGCUCUGUUGUAGAACCUGAUAGCUAUGAACCAACAAACAAGUCUGACAGCAAAAAAGGGCUAUUUACUCACAUGAAGAAGAAGCUAUCUGUCUUUUGGAAAUCUCGUAAGACGUCUGCCAACUAUGAUGAUGCUCAUCCAAAAUUUGUGUCAGAAGCUGCUGUGCAAAUGCAGCCACCCAGAGACCCUUUGCUACAGUUAGUCUCCCUCCAGGAGGCGUCUGGCUGCUGGCUGCUUGAUCCAGCUCUGGCUACUGCACUGGGAAAGACCAGCAAGGAGAUGGAAAAGUCAAAGCCUGAAAAGGGCAACAAUGAAGUGUGGGCCACCGUUCUGGCUCUGAUCUGGCUUCAUGCUUUCAAGAUGGAUGCCAAGGACGAGUGGGAGCUUCUGGCUAUGAAGGCAGCCUCAUGGCUCCGUGCUCAGAAUGCACCAUGUGUGUCAGAGUGUGUGGACGCUGGAAAUGUCCUGUUGGGUUCAAGCGUGAAGAAAGAAGCUCUGGGACUCUGAGAGUUUUCUGAAAGAGCUAGUUAUGCCAAAUGCCUUUUGAUUCAGUGUUGUGUCUUCUUCAUUCACCUUUUUCACUGACUGUGUGUUUAUACAUCAUUCUGCAUUUAAUCAUUAGUUAUUAUUAAUCUCUGACUCUCUUCCAUAGCGUGUCUUUUGUCCUGCUCCCUCCCCUCAGAAAUAAGAGAGAAAGCACGCUCAUGUACACGCUUAAUGUGCCCUACAGGCUUGUGCCUUGGGAAACGUUCGUCUUUGUGAUUAAGAUGUAUAUAUUAGCAAGCAAUUUAUGUUUCAUUUUAAGUACAUUUUAGUUAGAAAAACGAGGAGAAGCCUUAAGAAAGGAAAGGGUUUAAAAAGGUCUUCAAAGUCAAGAAAAGCAAGCCUUGUGGAGAUCUCUUCUAUUUUGUUUGCUGGCUGUCUAGCUUCACAUUGUUACGUGGUGUGAGGGCAGCACGAGGCAACUGUUGUUGUGAUUUGGAGCUAUAAAAACAAAACUGAAUUAAAUUGUACUGAAUGAUGUCUCCGCUGUUAUAUUUAUUGUUAAUGUUUCAUUUUUAUUUUGUUGCAAUUGUUCUAAAUGCUUUUUGAACUUAAUCAAACUAUUUUAUUUGUAUUUUCAUUUGUGCCUUGAACUGAAAAUUAAAAAUUAAACUUGGUGC